ACGCCUUUACGAAGCGUCCCCGAGCCUGCUAGGUCGCCUGCGAAGGAGUGGGGGGCGGUGGCUGCAAACCAGGUUGGGAAUUGCAGUGCUCCUGGGCAGGUGCCUGCUCCAUAGGCUUCGGGAUGGCAGCCAUCAAUCCGUGGGCCUCCUGGGGUGCCCUUUCAGACCAGUGCUGGGGGAUGGCAGCUGUUAACCCAUGGGCCUCCUGGGCUCUGUGUCCUCAGGACCCUGCCUGGCUCAUGGAGGGGAGCCCUGAGGAAGGGAGGAUGGUUGCUGGGCUCCCAACAGCCCAGGUCCAGGAACCAGUGACCUUCAAGGAUGUGGCCGUGGACUUCACCCAAGAAGAGUGGGGGCAGCUGGAUCUUGUUCAGAGGACCCUGUAUCGUGAUGUGAUGCUGGAGACCUAUGGGCACCUGCUGUCUGUGGGGAAUCAGAUUGCCAAGCCUGAGGUCAUUUCCCUUUUGGAGCAAGGAGAAGAGCCAUGGUCGACGGAGCAAGCAUAUCCUCAGAGCACUUGUCAAGAAUGGAUGAGAAAUCUUGAAAGCAAAGUGUUGAUCCCAGCACAGAGCAUUUUGGGGGAAGAACAAUCCCAUGGCAUGAAAUUGGAAAGAUACAUAUGGGAUGAUCCUUGGUUCUCCAGGUUAGAAGUUUUGGGAUGUAAAGACCAAUUAGAAACCUACCACAUGAACCAGAGUAUGGCUAUGAGACAAAUGGUCUUUAUGCAAAAGCAAGUACUAUCUCAGAGAGGCUCUGAAUUCUGUGAACUUGGGGCAGAGUAUAGCCAAAGCUUAAACUGUGUUCCAUCUCAGAGAGUUUCUCAAAUAGAACAUUUUUAUAAGCCUGAUACACAUGCUGAAAGUUGGAGAUAUAAUUCAGCCAUAAUGUAUGCAGAUAAGGUUACCUGUGAAAAUAAUGAUUAUGACAAAGCCUUCUACCAGUCCAUUCAACCUAUUUACCCUGCACAAAUGCAGACUGCAGAUAAUCUUUUCAAAUAUACUGAUGCUGUUAAAUCUUUCAAUCAUAUAAUACAUUUUGGUGAUCAUAAAGGAAUGCAUACAGGAGAAAAACUCUAUGAAUAUAAGGAAUGCCAUCAAAUCUUUAACCAGAGCCCAUCAUUUAAUGAACAUCCAAGAUUUCAUAUUGGAGAAAACCAGUAUAAUUACAAAGAAUAUGAGAAUAUCUUUUACUUCUCAUCCUUUAUGGAACAUCAAAAAAUUGGUGCUGUAGAGAAAGCAUAUAAAUACAAUGAAUGGGAGAAAGUGUUUGGAUAUGACUCAUUCCUUGCUCAACAUACAAGCACUUACACUGCAGAGAAACCCUAUGAAUAUAAUGAAUGUGGCACAUCUUUUAUCUGGAGCUCUUACCUUAUUCAACAUAAGAAAACUCAUACUGGAGAGAAGCCCUAUGAAUGUGAUAAAUGUGGAAAAGUCUUUAGGAAUCGUUCAGCUCUUACUAAACAUGAACGGACUCACACUGGAAUAAAACCCUAUGAAUGUAAUAAAUGUGGAAAAGCCUUCAGCUGGAAUUCUCAUCUUAUUGUACACAAGAGAAUUCAUACAGGAGAAAAACCUUAUGUAUGUAAUGAAUGCGGGAAAUCUUUCAACUGGAACUCCCAUCUCAUUGGACACCAGAGAACUCAUACUGGAGAGAAACCUUUUGAAUGCACUGAAUGCGGGAAAUCUUUCAGCUGGAGCUCUCAUCUUAUUGCCCAUAUGAGAAUGCAUACUGGAGAGAAGCCCUUUAAAUGUGAUGAAUGUGAAAAGGCUUUUAGGGAUUACUCAGCCCUUAGUAAACAUGAAAGAACUCAUUCUGGAGCAAAACCAUAUAAAUGUACUGAAUGUGGAAAAUCCUUCAGCUGGAGCUCACACCUCAUUGCCCACCAGAGAACUCACACAGGAGAGAAACCCUAUAACUGUCAGGAAUGUGGCAAAGCAUUCAGAGAACGCUCAGCCCUCACUAAACAUGAAAUAAUUCAUUCUGGAAUUAAGCCCUAUGAAUGUAAUAAAUGUGGAAAAUCCUGCAGCCAGAUGGCUCACCUUGUUAGGCAUCAAAGGACUCACACUGGAGAAAAACCCUAUGAAUGCAAUAAAUGUGGAAAAUCCUUCAGUCAGAGCUGUCACCUUGUUGCUCAUCGGAGAAUUCACACUGGUGAGAAACCCUAUAAAUGUAAUCAAUGUGAAAGAUCCUUUAACUGUAGCUCUCACCUUAUUGCACACCGGAGAACUCAUACUGGAGAGAAACCAUACAGGUGUAAUGAAUGUGGGAAAGCAUUUAAUGAGAGUUCUUCCCUUAUUGUACACCUGAGAAAUCAUACUGGAGAAAAACCCUACAAAUGUAAUCAUUGUGAGAAAGCUUUCUGUAAGAAUUCUUCCCUUGUUAUUCAUCAGAGAAUGCAUAGUGGAGAGAGACGCUUUAUAUGCAAUGAAUGUGGAAAAGCCUUUAGUGGUCACUCAGCCCUACUUCAACACCAGAGAAAUCACCAUGAAGAGAAACUGAAUUGAAUUGAUGAGAAAUUUUUCUUGUAUUGUACGUUUGAUAACACACUUAAACUAUAAAUAUAAUCAAGAGGAGAAAUUUUUUACUGAGCUCAAUAAGACUUCUCCCCUUAUUAUUCACUACAAAAUUCUUCUUAGAAGAAACCCUAUGAAUGAAAAGAAUAGAGGAAAGCUUUCAGCAGUUAUGUAGCCUUUACUCAACCUAAGACAAUUAUAAUGAUGAAAACUCUAAGCUCCCCUUGUGAUCCACCAGGAACCUAUACUUGAGGAACAUGACGGUGGGGGAUGGGGCAUCUUUUAGCAAGAGUUCUCACCUAUAUGUAGAUCAGUGUUUAAUGUUAAAGGAAAAACCUUAUGCUGAGAAAAGUGUUUUCAUUGGAAAUGUACUGGUUUGCAUCAAGCUGGAGUACUGGAUGGAAAACUUUACAGUAACAUUUUGUGCGUAAUUAUAGAAAUACAGAAUUUGCUGUCAUAAGGGGAGGGUCUAGGUGCCCUUUAAAGAAUAGAAUAUGAGAUACUAAACCUGAAUUUAAAAGUAGUAUGAAUGGGGUAUUUACUGUUGAUCAAGAUUAACCUCCUUAGAAAAGAUUAGUAAUGAGAUUACUAAUGGUGCAAAGGUUAUUGCCUAGAAGUAUGAGACUGAUAUUGUUGGAACAAAAGGUGAUACUUAAUCAAGUGUGUCAAUGUCCAUUUACUCAUUACUGCAUUGCUGGGCAACUAGUUUGUUUUAGGCAAUCACUAUAAAUUAUAGUUAUGGACACCUUAUCAAUAUACAUGACAUGAAGGAAUAAAAAGGACACAGAAUUGUAUAUACAUAUAUACUAUAACAGACCUAAAAAAAUGUAUAUGGAUAAGAUCUGAAAGAACCAUGGAGAAAUUAACCCAGUUAAUUUGAGAUUUUUUUUUUUUAAGUUUUACAAAUAUAGCACUUACCAUGUGCUAGGGCUUGUUUUAAAUGCUUUCCAAAUAUUGUUCUAUACCCUUAAAUCUGUGAGAUAGGUACUGUUAUUAUUCCAGUUUUAAAAAUGGGAAAACUGAAGCAGAGAUGUUUAGGAACCAGGUAGAACUACAGCUAGUAGAGAUUGGAGCUGAGAUUAUUUGGCUCCAGAGUUCAUGUUUUUAACCACUAUGUUAUACUGCCUCUCCAAUGAUUUUUUUUCCCUGUUCUUUU